GGUGAUACUACAAACCAUACUUUCACUGGUGACUAUAACUUUUCCUCACCUUACAAUCCCUCGAAAAAUCAGAACUAAGGAUUAUGUAUAUAUGUAUAUAUAUUAAUUCAAGACCCAAUCCAACCUUUUCUCCAAGCAAAUGGCGUUGUCUCUCUUCCCAUUUCUACCUUGAGAUUCCAAUUGAAAUCCCUAAUUCCCAAAAUCCUAACCCUAAUAUCACCUCACUUUCUUUAUAAUUUAAAGAUUCUCUCGCUUUUGAUUUUGGUAUUGAUUUGGUAGAUGGCCCGUGGUGAUUCAGCGACUUCACUAGCUCCUGGGUUCCGAUUCCACCCAACUGAUGAGGAACUUGUUCGCUACUACCUCAAACGGAAGGUUACUAAUAAACCCUUCCGGUUCGAUCCGAUCGCUGUAGUCGACAUCUACAAAACUGAGCCAUGGGAUCUCCCAGGUAAAUCAAAGUUGAAGAGCAGGGAUUUAGAGUGGUACUUUUUUAGUAUGCUGGAUAAGAAGUAUGGCAAUGGUUCCAAGACAAACCGGGCCACAGAGAAGGGAUACUGGAAGACAACUGGGAAGGACCGGCCUGUCCGCUGGAACUCACGAGCCGUGGGGAUGAAGAAGACCCUUGUGUACCAUCUUGGGCGGGCUCCACGUGGUGAGCGUACCAAUUGGGUAAUGCACGAGUAUCGCCUUACUGAUGAGGAUUUGGAGAAAGCUGGAGUUGUUCAAGAUGCAUUUGUGUUGUGUAGGAUUUUCCAAAAGAGUGGAACAGGGCCAAAGAAUGGAGAACAGUAUGGGGCACCAUUUGUUGAGGAAGAAUGGGAUGAUGAUGAAGUGGUGGUUGUAUUACCUGGUGAGGAGAUGGUGAUGGCUGAUGAAGUAAUACUUGGUGAAGAUGUACAUGUGGAAACUAAUGACCUUGAGCAGAAUUUUGAGGGUGGAGUUGUGUCUGAAAAUGCUGCCCUUUCUGUGAACUACUACCAUGGAGAAACAAGCAACUAUGUGGAGCACUCUGGAAACUUCAGUGGAGAUGAUCAAAAGCCUAUAAUUGACCAGGGGGAAACUCAGUAUGGUUCUGAUCUUCCAGAUGACCAAAACUUAUUCAGUUUACCUGGACAAUAUGAGAUUGAUACAAAAUCAGUAAGACAUGAAUAUAUUGCUGAAUCUAGUAACAGUGCUAAUACUGCUGAUGACAAUUUCCUGCUUGAUGAGCCAUUCUUGGAUGCCAUUGACAAUCCUUUAUCCAGUGAAGGAUUAUUCCUGGAAGCUAAUGAUCUUUCAAAUCCUGUGGAGCCAGACUCUACUGGAGAUUCUACUGUUUUUGACAUGGUUGACGAGUACCUCAAUUUCUUUGAUGCUAAUGAUGACAAUCUGACUUUUGAUCCUUCUGAACUUGGGUGCGAAAAUGCUGUUUCCGAUCAAGCUUCUCUACCUGAGAAGGAUGUAAAUGGAGGAACUGAGGAAGUGCCAACAGCAAUCCAAAAACUAUUAGCAACACACAGUAACACUGAUGCAUCCCCCUCAAAGCAACAAAUGCCAGAGGCAACAAAGAUUGACUCAGAUAUGAACUAUCCGUUCAUGAAGCAGGCCAGUCACAUGUUGGGCAGCAUUCCUGCACCUUCUGCGUUUGCUUCUGAGUUCCCUAUCAAGGAUGCAGCUCUACAGUUAAAUGCGGCCCAACCAUCCAGCUCAAUUCAUGUUACUGCUCGUGUCAUUAGAAUAGAAAGCAUUACUUUUAGUAGCAGUGGUACAGACUGGUCAUUUAGCAAGAAUGGGAAUGUCAAUGUCAUCCUCUCUUUUGGCAUGUUGCAAGACAAUAUUAGUACAACUCCAACCAAUUUGGUGCCAUUGGGGAGCUUAUUCACAGGCAAGACAUGGUCUCUGAUGUCGCGGAGCUGGUUCUCCCUGAUGUGCUUCUGGGUCCUAAUUGUUUCAGUGAGCAUUAAAAUUGGAAUCUGUGUUUGUAGCAAGUAACUUACAUGGUCAAUGAAGUUGCCUGGGAGACAAUGAAAACUGUUCCCUCUUCUCUAGGUUGAAUUUUCUUUGCGGAUUGGUUAAUCCUUAAUCCCCAUUAUAGGUUUCUUAGGACAGCAAACUAUUACAGAUUCUUUAUGUUAACUGGCAAACCUGAUGGUGUGUUUUAACCUACAUUGGUUCAUUGUAAUUUUACACGUUCAGUAAUUGUAGGGUAAGAAUUCUAUCUACGAAUAUGUAUAAACAGAAUUUAACUGUUUGGUGCAGUAUUAUAGAUAGUUUGUGAUCA